AUGAGUAUGAGCAGAGACCCCCUUCUGGGAGAUUUCUCUUUCGAGAAAAGCGACAAGAUAUGCUACGAGCCUUCUACAGACUCGACCGAUAGAAAGACUCAAGACUAUCUGAUUUAUUUCUUGCCGGGUAACCCAGGCUUGAUUCAAUACUACCAACCUUUCUUGUCUAGACUGAAUACUCUGCUCUCCAGCUCCUCUACGACCGAGUCUUCUAGAUUUCACAUUUGUGGCCAUACCCUUAGGGGCUUCGAGUCUGCUCAGGAUGGCAAGAAAACCAAAGCCCCCAGAUACCCGCUUGGACUCGAGCAACAAAUCGAAUCCCAGGAGCAACUUCUUUACAAUCACAUAAAGUCUCACCGGGAACGUACUGGUAACAAUCCCAAGGUCAUACUCAUGGGUCAUUCCGUCGGAUGUUACAUACUCCUUGAGCUUAUUCAACAACAUCGAGGAAAGAUUGAAGGAGAAGGUGAAGAAGACUUUGAUCUCAUUGGCGGAAUCUUGCUGUUUCCUACCAUCACGCAUAUCGCGAAAUCGCCUUUGGGAAUGGUAUUCGGUAAAAUCCUCCAAUUACCGUACUUUCCAGAAAUCGUCGGCACCAUCGCGAAAGCUCUGUCGUCGCUGGUCCCGGAGAGCUUCCUCCACAGGCUUGUCAAGCUAGUGACCAGAUUUCCCGAGUACGCAGCAACAACCACUACCUCGUUCAUCAAAAGCCCGAUGGGUGUUAGACAAGCACUGCAUCUUGCCAAGGAUGAAAUGACAAAAAUCACAGACGAUCAAUGGGACGAAGAAGUCUGGGGGGCUGCAACAAGUAAAGGGACGAACAACCGCGACACGGCAAAUUCGAACCUUACUUUUUACUGGGGGAAAAAGGACAGGUGGGUAGCCACCCAUACCAGAGAUGCUUUGAUAGCAGCUCGGGGCCACUUAUCAAACAGUCAGACUGAGUCUGGAUCGGAAUACUGGAAACCAGUCAUGAUGGUCGACAAUGAAGGAAUGCCUCACGAUUUCUGCACGACUUUACGCAACAGCCAUAGCGUAGCCGGCAAAGUCAAGGGCUGGGUAGAUGGCAUCAUUGAAGCUCAUAGCAAGGAGAUUUCCUAA